AUGGAUGAGAUUUUGUCUUCCACAAAUGUCACUCAAGAUGUUGGUUCAAUCUCCGAUGAAAAUAAAGAAUCGUGGCAACAUUUUGUCUUCCACGACCUUUCAUCAAUCAAGGAUUUCUACGCUAAAUACGCUCAUGAAAGGGGAUUUUCUUUGAGAAGAAAUUUGCACUCCUUCUAUGAUUCUCGUAACAGAAAAAUGGACAUUGUGCAAUAUGUCCGUUAUGUUUGUAACAAGCAUGUUUUCAAGCAUGAGAGUCGGGCGGAUCCUAAGAACAAAACAAACUCGGAUACUCCUGUUCUCAUUGAAUAUCAGAAAGAGAAAGAACUUCCCGAGGAAAGGACUGGUUGCCCGGCUAGUAUUUCGUUGAAGUAUGAUUCCAAUGUUAAAGGUUAUCACAUAUACAAAUGGAAUGUUACUCAUAACCACCCUCUCCAUAAACCUGAGCAUUCACAUUACCUGAGAUCUGCUCGAGAGAUUAGUGAGCCUCAAAAACAACUUGCUAUAAUAAAUUCAAAAUCAGGCAUGUCUGUAAGAUUCUCCUUUCAAGUUAUGCGUCAAAUAGCUGGUGGUUCAAAGAACCUUGGGUAUUGGUUCCAAGAUUUAAAGAACUUUCUCACCACUGUUUAA